AUGCAGCAGAAGUUGAGACAAGAGAUUGAGUCCCAAAUCGGAGACCGAAUGCCAACACAUGAGGACAGGAAUCGAUGCCAUUAUGUCAUGGCUUUCAUCGCAGAGUCCAUGAGAUUCAGAAAUGUUGCGCCCACAGGACUCCCACAUAAAGCCAUUGUUAAUACAAAACUUGAUAAAUACACAAUACCUAAAAAUAUGACAGUUAUUGUAUACCACGGAAUCAUAUGCCGUAAUGACAAGGAUUGGCAAAAUGCCAAUGAAUUUAAACCCGAGAGGUUUAUUAAUAGUGAAGGACAGUUCAUCACAACCCGUCCCAAAGCCUACAUACCCUUCGGUGUGGGCCGUCGUGUCUGUCCGGGAGAAAAGUUAGCCAUCGCUGACCUGUUCCUGGUUUUGGUCCGAUUUCUUCAGUCCACACAAGACUAUGAUAUAGUGCUCGACAGUAACGUAUUCAAACGAAAAGAUCAUUGGGAUGUAGUGUUCAGAGAACUGGCCAAACAAUACGGCCCGAUAUUUACUUUUUGGUUCUUUAAUAGACCAUUAGUUGUUGUGACGGACAUAGAGUUGGCCAGAGAGGCCUUCCGGAAGAAUGACUUCGCCGGCAGAGACAUAGUAUUUAUUGCGAGUCUAUUGUCUAAUGAUAAGCACUCAGACGUGAUAUUUUCCGAUUAUGGGCACAGAUGGGAAGCGUUGAGGCGAGUGGCACAUUCGGCCGUACAGCUAGUCUCUGUGGCCACCGAUUCAGUCGAUCGUACGGUUAAAGCCAUGUUAGAGAGGGAAGAAGUGGGCAAUGCUUUUGAUCCCCGGAGUUAUAUCUAUCUAAUGUUUCUCAACAUAUUAGCCACCAGUGCUUUUGGCAUUAGUUAUGAAUUUGAAGACAAAGAAUUCAAAUUUCUUAAGUAUGUGUUAAAAGACUUCGGACAAGAACUCGGCGGUCGAGUAUUCUUAUGGGAAUUCUCACCAAUAAUGAGAUUUUUAGAUCGAAAGCUGGUUAACAAAAAUAAAGACCUUGCUAAUGAGUUAAUUGCUUUAGUUAAGGAUAAGUUUACCAAACAUUAUGACGACUAUAACGAGUCAAUUGAGAGAGACUUUUGCGAUGCACUCAUCAGUGCUAAGAAUGACGCCCUCAGAGACGGCAAAGAGUCGGCCCCUUAUCUCACGGACGCCAACCUCGGGAUGACUGUAUUGGUCAUAUUAAAUACAAACCUCUGCCCGAAAGCACUCGUGGCUAAUAUUGCUAAGAAUGACGCCCUCAGAGACGGCAAAGAGUCGGCCCCUUAUCUCACGGACGCCAACCUCGGGAUGACUGUAUUGGAUCUGUUCUUCGCCGGAACCGAUACCUCUCAGCAGACAUUUCAAUGGAUUCUACUUCUGAUGACAUACUAUCCGGAAAUGCAGCAGAAGUUGAGACAAGAGAUUGAGUCCCAAAUCGGAGACCGAAUGCCAACACAUGAGGACAGGAAUCGAUGCCAUUAUAUAAUGGCUUUCAUCGCAGAAUCUCUUAGAUUCCGAAAUAUCGUACCCCAGGGCAAUUAUACGAUACCUGAAAAAAUGCAAAUUCUUGUAUACCAGGGAAUCAUAUGUCGUAAUGACAAGGAUUGGCAAAACGCAGAAAUAUUCAAACCCGAGAGGUUUUUGGACAGUGAGGGACAGUAUUUAGUUACCAAACCUAAAGCCUACAUACCCUUCGGUGUGGGCCGUCGGGUCUGUUUGGGAGAGAAGUUAGCCAUCGCUGACCUGUUCCUGGUUUUGGUCCGAUUUCUUCAGUCCACACAAGACUAUGAGUUAGUCCUCGACAGCCAUAACGGCAUUGAAGCCGAUCCUAAUGUUUCGGAUGCCUUCAAUCCGUCAAGGUUCUAUCACUUACGGUCCAAACUGCCUCCCGGACCGCAUCCGUUGCCACUCGUGGGCAAUAUUUUACUAUUCAAGCGGAAAGAUCAUUGGGAUGUAGUGUUCAGAGAACUGGCCAAACAAUACGGCCCGGUAUUCACCUUUUGGUUCUUCAAUAGACCACAAGUUGUUGUGACGGAUAUAGUGAUGGCCAGAGAGGCCUUCCGGAAGAAUGACUUCGCCGGCAGAGACCUGUCAUAUAUCGCGAGUAUGUUUGCCAAUGAGAAGCGCUCAGACGUGGCAUUUGCUGAUUACGGGCACAGAUGGGAGGCGUUGAGACGAGUGGCACAUUCGGCCGCACACCACGAGUGCUUUCGGGCAGAGGAUAAGUUUACCAAACAUUACGACGACUAUAACGAGUCAAUUGAGAGAGACUUUUGCGAUGCACUCAUCAGUGCUAAGAAUGACGCCCUCAGAGACGGCAAAGAGUCCGCACCCUAUCUGACCGAUGACAACCUUUCGAUGACUAUCUUUGACAUGUUCUUCGCCGGAACCGAUACCUCUCAGCAGACAUUUCAAUGGCUUUUACUUCUGAUGACAUACUAUCCGGAAAUGCCUGAAAUAAUACACGAUUACUCACGCAAAAUAUUGCCCAAAUCGGAGACCGAAUGCCAACACAUGAGGACAGGAAUCGAUGCCAUUAUGUCAUGGCUUUCAUCGCAGAGUCUCUUCGAUUCAGAAAUAUCGUACCCCAAGGGAAUUAUAUGUCGUAAUGACAAGGAUUGGCAAAACGCAGAAAUAUUCAAACCCGAGAGGUUUUUGGACAGUGAGGGACAGUAUUUAGUAACCAAACCUCAGGCCUAUAUACCCUUCGGUGUGGGCCGUCGUGUUUGUUUGGGUGAGAGGUUAGCCAUCGCUAACUUAUUCCUGGUUUUGGUCCGAUUCCUUCAGUCCACACAAGACUAUGAGUUAGUCCUCGACAGCCAUAACGGCAUUGAAGUCGAUCCUAAUGUCGCCGAUUCUUAUUAUCCGUCAAGGUUUUAUCAUUUCCGGUCGAAAUUACCUCCGGGUCCAAAUCCGUGGCCAAUCGUGGGCAAUAUUUUGCUAUUCCGACGGAAAGAACAUUGGGAUGUAGUGUUCAGAGAACUGACCAAAAAAUAUGGCCCAAUAUUCACCUUUUGGUUCUUCAAUAGACCACUAGUGGUCGUGACGGACAUCGAGACGGCCAGAGAGGCCUUCCGGAAGAAUGACUUCGCCGGCAGAGAUAUGUCUAAUAUUGCUGGUCAAUUUUCAAAUGAUAAGCAAUCGGAUGUAAUAUUUACCGAUUACGGGCACACGUGGGAGGCGUUGAGACGAGUGGCACAUUCGGCCGUACAGAAAUAUUCAAUAAAUGAAAGACUAGUCUCUGUGGCCACCGAUUCAGUCGAUCGUACGGUUAAAACCAUGUUAGAGAAGGAAGGAGUCGGCAAUGCUUUUGAUCCCAAAAGUUAUAUCUAUCUAAUGUUUCUCAACAUAUUAGCCACCAGUGCUUUUGGCAUUAGUUAUGAUUUCGAAGACAAAGAAUUUAAAUUUCUAAAAUAUGCAUUGAAAGACUUUGGCAAAGAACUCGGCGCUCGAGCCUUCUUAUGGGAAUUCUCGUCAAUAAUUAGAUUUUUAGACCGAAAAAUGGUUCAGAAAAAUGAUAGACUCGUCAAUGAAUUCAUUGCAUUAAUUAAGGAUAAGUUUGUAAAACAUUAUGAAGACUAUAACGAGUCAAUUGAGAGAGACUUUUGCGAUGCACUCAUCAGUGCUAAGAAUGACGCCCUCAGAGACGGCAAAGAGUCGGCCCCUUAUCUCACGGACGCCAACCUCGGGAUGACUGUAUUGGAUCUGUUCUUCGCCGGAGCCGAUACAUCUCAGCAGACAUUUCAAUGGAUUUUACUUCUGAUGACAUAUUAUCCGGAAAUGCAUCAAAAGUUGAGACAAGAGAUUGAGUCCCAAAUCGGAGACCGAAUGCCAACACAUGAGGACAGGAAUCGAUGCCAUUAUGUCAUGGCUUUCAUCGCAGAGUCUCUUAGAUUCCGAAAUAUCGUACCCCAGGGUUUGCCCCAUAAGGCUAUUGUCAGGAGCACUAUCGGUGAUUACACAAUUCCUGAAAAAAUGCAAAUUCUUGUAUAUCAGGGAAUCAUAUGUCGUAAUGACAAGGAUUGGCAAAACGCAGAAAUAUUCAAACCCGAGAGGUUUUUGGACAGUGAGGGACAGUAUUUGGUUACCAAACCUAAAGCCUAUAUACCCUUCGGUGUGGGCCGUCGUGUCUGUGCGGGAGAGAAAUUAGCCAUCGCUGACCUGUUUUUGGUUUUGGUCCGAUUCCUUCAGUCCACACAAGACUAUGAGUUAGUCCUCGACAGCCAUAACGCAAGGUUCUAUUAUUUAAGGUCGCAACUGCCUCCCGGCCCAAACCCGUUGCCAAUAGUGGGCAAUAUUUUAUUAUUCCGACGGAAAGAUCAUUGGGAUGUAGUGUUCAGAGAACUGGCCAAACAAUACGGCCCGAGAGGCGUACAGGAUAAAGAUCAUUGGGAUGUAGUGUUCAGAGAACUGGCCAAACAAUACGGCCCGGUAUUCACCUUUUGGUUCUUCAAUAGACCACUAGUGGUCGUGACGGACAACGAGACGGCCAGAGAGGCGUACAGGAAAAAUGAUUUUGCCGGCAGAGACAUGUCAUAUCUCGCUCGUAUAUUUUCAAACGAUAAGCACUCGGACGUAAUAUUUGCCGAUUACGGCCACAAAUGGGAGGCAUUGAGACGAGUGGCACAUUCGGCCGUACAAUUAUUAGACAAAAAAUUAGUUCAAAAACAUCAAAGCCUUAUCGGAGAGUUGAUGGCUAUGUCUCGAAAUAAUUUGACUAAACAUUACGACGACUAUAACGAGUCAAUUGAGAGAGACUUUUGCGAUGCACUCAUCAGUGCUAAGAAUGACGCCCUCAGAGACGGCAAAGAGUCGGCCCCUUAUCUCACGGACGCCAACCUUUCUAUGACUGUCUUAGAUAUGUUCUUCGCCGGAACCGAUACCUCUCAACUGACAUUCCAAUGGAUUCUACUUCUGAUGACAUACUAUCCGGAAAUACAGCAGAAGUUGAGACAAGAGAUUGAGUCCCAAAUCGGAGACCGAAUGCCAACACAUGAGGACAGGAAUCGAUGCCAUUAUAUAAUGGCUUUCAUCGCUGAAACACUGCGGGCCAGAAAUGUAGUCCCACAGGGAGUGCCCCAUAAGGCUGUUGUCAAAAGUGCUAUUGGUGACCACACAAUACCUGAAAAAACGCGAAUUAUUGUAUACCAGGGAAUCAUAUGCCGUAAUGACAAAGAUUGGCAAAACUCAGAUAUAUUUAGCCCGGAUAGAUUUCUUGACAGUGAGGGAAAGUUCAUAUCUACCAGACCUAAAGCCUACAUACCCUUCGGUGUGGGCCGUCGGGUCUGUUUAGGUAUGAAGUCUGUUGUGAAGCACGGAAUGGACGCCAAUAUCUGGAGGACAGGAAUCGCGUCAAACGGCCCCGACUUUCGUGACCAUAGAUUACGGCAUAACAUGAGACCAACGAAGUGUACAAAUCGGUUGAACACCUCUCCCAAGCGCUGA